GGAAACUUCAAACUUUAACCUGGUCAAAUUGAGCAAGGAAUAUAUAAGGCAAAGCACCCAAAUUAUUCUCAAUCAAUCAACUAAACAUCAAGAGGACAGUGUCUAGAUAUGGAGAUGUUGAAAGGCUUCCUCUUUGCCUGUCUUGUUGGUUGUUCUAUAGAAACAAUAGUUGUUGCACAAGACGAUCAAUCAGGAUUCAUAAGCAUCGACUGUGGAAUACUAGCAGGUUCUAACUAUACUGACGUAAUAACAGGCAUAUCUUACAUUUCAGAUGAAGGUUAUGUCAUUGGCGGAGUGAGCAAUACCAUAUCACCUAUAUACCAAUCCAAUUCCCAGGAAAUACCAUUCCUCACAGUUACAAGCUUUCCUGUAGGAACUAAAAGCUGCUACACUCUAACCCCUGCUCAAGGGAAUAAUACGAAAUACUUGAUAAGGGCUAGUUUUCUCUAUGGAGAUUAUGAUGGAAGUAGUCAAUUACCAAAUUUUGAUCUUUACCUUGGAGAAGAAUAUUGGGAUACAGUCACAAUAUCUAAUGCUUCUAUACCAAUUUUGAAGGAAGUUAUACACACCCCUUCCACUGACUACAUAACCGUUUGCCUUGUAAAGACAAAUGCUACAACUCCUUUUAUUUCAGCCGUAGAGUUAAGGCCAUUGAAUUUUACUACAUACCCAACUCUAAAUAAAUCAUUGAAUCUUAUUGGACGUCUGAAUUUCGGUUCCUUAACCAAUCUAUUCAUUAGGUAUCCUUAUGAUGCAUAUGAUAGAAUUUGGCUACCAUUUCCAUGGGAGACAAUGGCAACAAUUAAUACAACUCAAGACAUAAUAGAGAACAGUUACCGAGUACCAUCGGCGGUAAUGAGCACGGCAGUGACACCGACCACCGCCACUAACACGGUGUCGUUUUCCUGGCCGGCUGACAAUACCACAGACAAGUAUUACAUAUACUUGCACUUCGCCGAAGUCGUAGAAUUGAUUGGGACACAAAAAAGGGAAUUCAACAUUUAUAUCAAUGAUAACCUCUUUUAUGGACCUAUGUCUCCGGUAUAUCUGUCGACGACGACGAUAUUCACAUUGUCUCCAGGCUAUGGUUCCGAAAGAUACGAUGUUGUAAUUAACAAAACAGCCACUUCAACACUUCCGCCACUAAUUAAUGCUGUCGAAAUCUAUAUAGAGAUGUAGUUUGGUAGACAACAAGAAAAUAUAUCAACAGUCUGUCUGCGGUGUGGACUGAAAUAAAGGAAUUUAGAAUUUUUGGGCUGUGUUCUUGUUGUACCUUUUUUUUCUGCUUUCUCCUUAUCUACCAAAUUGAGAGA